GGAGGAAGACGGGGAGGGAGAGCUGAAGUACUCUCAGAGCGGAUCAGACACUGAAGGAAACACUGAUCUGAUCACAUGGAGGACAGACACACGGCCAGAGACGGCAGGAAACACCUGAGCUAUCCUCAGCUGGAUUGUGAGAUGUAUGGAGGACGUGUUUCCAGCGGAGAGGACAGGAAGCUGUGGCCCAGACCUCUGGCUCAGAAGUGGACGGUGAUGCUGUUUUUGGGAACGUGCCUGCUGUUCUGCUCCCGCAUGGCGAUGCCCAUCUGCUCCGUGUCCAUGGCCGCCACCUUCCACUGGAGCAAGAUCGACUCGGGUCUGGUUCUGGGGGGAUUCUUCUGGGGCUACUGCUUCACUCAGAUCCUGGGAGGACACGCCAGUGACAAGGUGGGAGGGGAGCGCGUCCUCUUCGUCUCGGCCGCCUCCUGGGCUCUGAUCACAGCUGUGACUCCUCUGCUGGCUCAUUUAGGAUCUCACACCCUCGCUCUCAUGACCCUCGCCAGGUUCCUCAUGGGACUCACACAGGGAGUUUUUUUUCCGUCUUUGGCCAGCCUCUGCUCUCAGAGAGUUCUGGAAGGAGAGAGAGGAUUUAUGAUUAGCGCCAUGAACAGUGGGGCAAAUCUGGGGGCUCUGACGGCGGGGGGGAUGGGCUCUCUGAUGCUGGAGGAGUACGGCUGGGAGAGUUUGUUUUACAGCAUCGGAGCUCUGGCCGGACUCUGGGCUCUCGUCGUCUGGCUGUGUUUACUGAAAGGAGUAGAAGUACCCCCGAGGCAGAAGGACCCGAAAGACCCUCAGUGGAGUUUAUCCAGAUGGCUGAGUCUCGUCAAGAAGCCGCCCGUCUGGGCCAUGAUCUUCGCCCACAUGUGUCAUAGCAGCUCUUCGUGCACUUUAUUAUCCUGGUUGCCGACGUACUUUAAAGAAUCGUUUCCACACGCCUCGGGCUGGGUGUACAACGUGGUGCCGUGGGCUGUUGCCAUCCCAUCAGCACUGGCAGGAGGGUAUUUCUCAGAUGUUCUAAUACGCCAAGGAUAUGGUGUCUCGUUGGUGAGAAAGAUAAUGCAGUUCUUUGCCAUGGGCGUCUCCAGUAUGUUCAUCAUCUUGCUGUCUGGAGACGUCUCCUUUCUCUCGGCUGUCACCUUCAUCUCUGCUGCCAUCGGUCUGAGCAACUUCUCCAGCGGUGGUGUGACGGUGAAUGUGCAGGAUCUGAGCCCCUCGUGUGCCGGAGCCCUCUACGGUUUCAUGAAUAUGAUGGGAGCUUUCAUGGGCCUGGUGUUUGUGUCUCUGUCUGGUUUCCUGAUCGAGGUCACGCUCUCCUGGGCCACCAUCUUCUCUCUCGUCUCGCUGGUGAACGUCUCCGGCCUCGCAGUCUUCAUCGUGUUCGGAGACGCUCGCAGAGUGGACCUGCAAGACUACACCCCGCUGGUCCAGAUCUGAACCAGAACCAGAGUGGACCUACAGGACUACAGCCCGCUGGUCCAGAUCUGAACCAGAACCAGAACCAGAACCAGAGUGGACCUGCAGGACUACAGCCCGCUGGUCCAGAUUUGAACCAGAACCA